AGUCUCAGAGUGAGGAAGUAAGCAGUGGAACUCCGAUUGGAGCCCAGGGCCUGUGCUCUUAAACACUGUUCUACAUCUCCUGGUGUCCGUGUGAGAGGAGGAGAAAAGGUGUUGCACAAAGAGGAAACUGCACAGGCAAAGGUCGGGAAGCUGGAACAGCCAUGGUGUGUUCUCAGAAAGGGUGUGAUGGGACCUCUGGGAGAUGAGAACAGCAUGAGAGGCCAGGCUGCUGAAUGCUUGCUCUCUCCCGCAGAUGCCUGACUGCUGUGGCUGCAGUAGGCUCAGAGGCAGGCUCGUCAAAGACCGAGGCAUAAACAUUGGACUAAGACUUGAUCACUAGAACCUGGUGUUGCCUUCCCCACAAUGGCAGAGGUGGUAGCUGAGGUGGCUGAGAUGCCGACACAGUCGCCAGGGGCAGUGGAGCUGUCAGCACCCAUGUCAGGGGAGCUGACAGAGAUGACAACAGAAGUGACCGAGAUGACACCUGGGGAGGCUCUUGCCUCAUCCCUCUUCUUCCAGCACCACCAGUUCAUGUGCUCUGAGUGUGGCAGCCUCUACAACACACUGGAGGAAGUCCUCUCACACCAGGACCAGCACAUGGCUACUGUAUCAGAAGAGGAGUCACUGACCACACAGAACACGGGGAUGGAGCCAGAGCUAGUGCCUGGCACUGAGGAGGGGCCUUUCCAAUGUGGUGAAUGCAGCCAGCUCAUUCUCUCCCCCAGUGAGCUCCUGGCCCACCAGGACGCCCACCUCCAGGAGUCUGCAAGCCAGAUCCAAUACCAGUGUGGAGACUGCCAGGAGCUCUUCCCUUCACCUGAGCUGUGGGUGGCUCAUCGCAAGGCUCAGCACCUUUCUGCUACAGUGGCUGAGCCACCAGUGCCACCUCCUUUGCCUUCCCCAACACCACCACCUCCACCACCUGAAGUCAAGAUGGAGCCCUAUGAGUGUCCUGAGUGUUCCACCCUCUGUGCCACUCCUGAAGAGUUUCUGGAACAUCAGGGCACCCACUUUGACUCCCUGGAGAAAGAAGAGCGCAAUGGAUUAGAGGAGGAGGAGGAGGAGGAGGAGGAGGAGGAGGAGGAGGAUGGAGAGACAGAGGAUGAGGAGGCAGCUACAGAGCUGGCUGAUGAUGCUGUGGGAGGAGACAAGUCCACAGGUGGCCCGGCUCAGGGCUGUGGAGAUUGUCCCCAACAUUGUACCGCCUCAGGGGCACGCCGGAGACACCGACGGGCAUCCCGUGGCCCAGCAUCGGCCACCCACCCCUUCCACUGCAGCCAGUGCCAGCGCAGCUUCAGCUCAGCAAACCGGCUGCUGGCUCAUGGGCGGGCCCAUGUUGGAGGCACGCAUGAGUGUACAACCUGCUCCAAGGUCUUCAAGAAGGCAGCCUCACUGGAGCAGCACCUGCGGCUGCACCGCGGAGAAGCCCGCUACCUCUGUGUGGACUGUGGCCGUGGCUUUGGCACAGAGCUCACGUUGGUGGCCCACCGGAGGGCCCACACUGCCAACCCACUGCAUCGCUGUCGCUGUGGCAAGACAUUCAGCAACAUGACCAAGUUCCUCUACCACCGGCGUACCCACUCUGGGAAAAGCGGGACCCCUGCCACAGCAGCAACAGUCUCCCCAGCUCCAGCUGAGCCUACCCCCCCUCCCCCACCUCCUGCCCCUCCUGCCCAGCUUCCCUGCCCACAGUGCCCCAAGUCCUUUGCCUCAGCUUCCCGGCUGUCCCGGCACCGGCGGGCAGUACAUGGGCCCCCCGAAAGACGGCAUCGCUGCGGGGUUUGUGGCAAGGGCUUCAAGAAGCUGGUCCAUGUGCGUAACCAUUUGCGGACACACACAGGUGAGAGGCCCUUCCAGUGCCACUCGUGUGGCAAGACCUUUGCUUCUUUAGCCAACCUCAGCCGCCACCAGCUGACCCACACAGGCGUGCGUCCCUACCAAUGCUUGGACUGUGGCAAGCGCUUCACACAGAGCUCCAACCUUCAGCAGCACCGGAGGCUGCACUUGAGGCCUGUUGCCUUUGCCCGUGCCCCUCGCCUCCCCAUCACUGGUCUCUACAACAAGAGCCCCUACUACUGUGGGACCUGUGGCCGCUGGUUCCGUGCCAUGGCAGGUCUGAGACUGCAUCAGCGUGUCCAUGCUCGAGCCAGGACUAUGACACUGCAGCCUCCUAGAUCACCAACUCCUACCCCGCCCCCAGCCCCUGAGCCUCAGCAGACUAUCAUGUGCACAGAGCUCGGGGAAACCAUUGCCAUCAUUGAGACAUCCCAGCCACUGGCUCUAGAGGACACUCUGCAGCUGUGCCAGGCUGCACUGGGGGCCAGUGAAGCAAGCGGGCUGUUGCAGUUGGACACAGCCUUCGUGUGACACCACUGUAGAGCAACAGUGAAAGGGUUUGGCUGCAACAGCAAGUACAGGUACCUCUAGGGGGAAAGAGGACCCUUCUGGCAAGCUGAUUUGUUACCCACCAUGUGCUAGGAUCCACCUGGCCUCUUGUGCCCACUGAGUCCUCAGAACACCCCUGUCAGGUUUCUCUUGUCACCUUUCUCUGCCUGAGGGGAAACUGAAGCUCUGAGAUGUGAUGUGAUCUGUCCUGGCUCACCCUGCUGCAUCUCAGAGCAGGGCUUGCCAAGGCUGUUUGGCACUGCAUUACCCUGGUGCCUGGCAUCAUCAGGUAACUAAUCAUGUGCCAGGUCUGUGCUGGGCACUCUCAUAUAUCUCUUCAGAUUCUCUGCUUCUCCCCCAGCUCUUGCUUCCCUGAACUUUGGGGACCCAGGACUUGGCUCUGCAUGGUGGACAAAGGCGCUUGACUUUUCUGGGCUACUCUCAUCUCAACUUUGACAACAUGGAAAGAAAUCUAUAGGUACUCAGAUACUCAGUCUAGACUGGGUGAUGCUGGAGACUGAGGAGUGAGCCAGACACGGGCUCCGCCCUCAGGAGACAUGCUCAGUCUGGUAGGAGGAACACACACAAGUACAGACAGCUUGCUCUCUGAA